ACGAGCGUUGAUCUUGUAAAGGAAAUGCCAGUUACCGUAAAACGUCUUCUUCUCAGAUCUGAAAAGGGUGAAGAAGAGUGAGUUGAUACGGAAGUAUGUACUUAGUGGCAAUUAGUCAUUAAACAUUGCUUGAAAGGGGCUAGCUUUCCGGCUUACCCAAAAGACAUGUACAUUUGAGAUAUCGUUAGUUUCAACCAUUUCCAAAACCAAUGAAACUCUCCACUUCAGAGGCGUUCACAGAUAACAGUAAUGCGGCAAAGGACAAGAAAACAAUCCAAAAAAGUGCUCAAUCAUGACGAACUUCUAGGUCAGACUGGAAUCCGAGGUUGCAAAUCUUGACAACGAAAAGGCGCUUUUUCUAUAAAAACGAGUCCAAUCGAACAUUUUUAGGCUUCCUUACCGCUCCGGAGAAUGAAAUCCCUGCACCUGUAGAUGAAAACUUUGAUAUUUAUCUUUCACUUUAUACUGAUAUUUUUUUUUUCGGGAUUUACCUCGCUGAUGGACGGAAGCGGUAAAACACGCGCAAUAAAUCUGGACCAUCAAUCGAAUUGAAGAAGCAAUGGAUUUUUCUCUUUUCAAAAGAGAUAAAUUUGUUAGCCACAGGAAGGAAAGCAAAUUUGGUACAUGGUUGACAAGUAAUUGAGGUCGAGUGGCUUCCAAAGCCAGAUCAUUGUCAUUUCUACUUAUCUUGAAAAAGAGGAUUCAUUUUCCCUCCCCUACAGAUCAUUGUUUUCACUCGUUUCCCGAGCAUGGUGUGCCGCUCUUGACAAUGAUGAGGUGAAUUAUAGUGGCUCUAGGGUGAACUACUUUUAGCCUUCAGAAUUUAAUGAUUUUUUAGUGGACUCCCUCACUGCUACUGGGUAUGGGAUCCCCGGCAGUUCAAGAACCAAUGGACUCAACCACACCGAUCAGUGGCCACUGCUCAGUCAAUGUCGUGAACGUGGAAGAGGAUCCCAGUUUCGUGAUUCCCCCCUCGCCCAGUCCAACCACCAUUAAAGCGUCGACUUCCCAUGAAUCGCCACGAUCACCCGGACUCAGAUCCGUUGACAUUCGAAAGGCUUCGUUUGGCAGCGGCAAAGGUUGUGUCAUUCAGUCCACUUCCGGUGUGCAAUACAUUGACUGCGUGAGUAAGGAUGUUCUCUUGGGCCACGCCAACUUGAAGAUCAUGGAAACCACCAAUCAACAGACCUUGAGUAGCAAUGUGGGCCUCCUGCACACCAAUACGGCUGAGCUAACACGCCGACUAGUGUCGCUCCUCCCUGCCCCCUUGACGGCUUGUUUCUUCGUCAAUUCGUAUUCCGAGGCCAAUGACCUGGCCUUGACCAUGGCAGCGUGUUACACGGGCUCAGAGGAGGUGAUUUGUCUGGAAAAAGCCGACCAUGGAAAGACCUCGACCUGCCUCAAGAUAUCUCGGGACCGAUCCCCUCACUUUGGCAAAUGCAGAGUGCUCAAUACCGUGCCCAUUCCAGAUUCGUAUCGCGGCAAGAUUCGGGAAGGGGAAUUUCCCGUGGAUGACAUUGGUUGGAUGUAUUCAGGCGAUGUCAAAGAGGUUUGCCACAACAUUGUCUCUGAGAGCCGAAAAGUGGGUGCCUUCAUUUGUGAACCCAUCAUUCAUCAAGCCGGGCACAUUUCAUUGCCCGAUCGCUACCUAACUGAGGUCUAUCGAUGCGUUCAAUCUCACCAAGGGAUCUUAAUUUCCGACGAGACCUACUCUGGCUUGGGUCGAACAGGUGAUUUCACUUGGGGGUUUCAAAAAUACGAUGUCAUCCCUGAUAUCGUCACAAUUGGCAAAGGCCUAGCUAAUGGCCAUCCAUUGGCUGCAGUUGUUACCAGCAAGGAAAUUGCCAAAAAGAUCACGUCCAUCGUCUCCUACUACAACUUUCUAGGCGAUCCCAUUAGCUGUGCUAUAGCUCUUUCCGUCUUGGAGCAAUUGGACGAGACCAAAGUCCUGGAAAACGUUCGCAAAGUUGGAAAGUACUUGCUAUUGAAGCUCUCUCAAUUUUCCGAGCGUUUUGAUUUCGUAGGUCAAGUUCGAGGCCAAGGUUUGUCUCUCGCCCUCGAUCUCGUUCACUCAGAUUCAAGGGAACCUAAUACGGUGGCGGCUCAAUUCGUCCGACAAAAAAUGUUCGAGAGGCAAGUGGUGGUUGAGCUGUCGGGAUUUCAUCGAAGUAUCAUUGGUUUAUCCCCUCCGCUAGUUUUAACGAUGCAAGAGGCAAUGAGCGUGGCCCUAAAAAUGUCUGAGGUCUUACAAGAAGCUGAAAAAGUGUUUGGAAGGAAACGGCAAAAAAGCGACGACGAGAACACUGAUGACUGCUUUCCUAAAGGACAUAUUUCCAAUCAUCCCAAACGAAUGAGGCGAUAAAAGUGGCUACUUAGGUACGUGAUCUCACCGUCGAGCCAGUGGAAGGAAGCUCAGAAGAACGUUUAAGGAAAGCUAGUGAGCAAAUAGAGCAAUCACCAGAUAAAAAUCGACCUUCUUGAAACAUGAUUUGUUGUUAUUCGUCCAAAAAUAAUGAGUAUUUGAAUCAUGCCACACGUCAAACAUAGAGUUAGUUGAAUUGCUUACAACUGUCUACACUUAAAGUACAAUAUUUCACACGAAAAAUAUUCAAUGUGAUGGAAAGGUCCAUUUUUCAUAAUAAAAUACAGGUUU